AUGAAAGGUGGCUCUAUCAGACACGGAGAACGGAUUCCGCGGACCACGUCGCGUCCUGACGAACAAGAUGUUGUAGGGGGCAGCCUGGCGCUGCGAUGGGUGUAGCCACGGGCGUCGUGAAGACUGGCGUGGCUGCGCGUCGAAGGUUUUCGAGGACGAAGGCGACCAGGCACCAACUCCGCCAUCUGCGCCAUCGUGUCCAAUUAUUAUAUGACGUAGCGAAGAUGGUGUCCUGGACAAGGCUGCAAGGGCCGGUUGAUGACUCUCAUCGCAGCUGCGCACAAUUCCUGGGGUCGAGAUUGCCUUUUCCUAUCGCGGUGCGGCUGACAAACGAGAGCGGAAAGGCGCCGAAUCGCCGGCCAGUGUUUCGAGAGCUUCCCGACUUGCUGAUUGGUCGAGGUCACCGUUUCAAGAGGGACGUCCAAUUACGGCAGCAUCCCCGGACACUUUCCUUCAACCUGUCGCCGGCUGAGGUUUGUCUUCUGGAAUUGGACUCCCUUUUCCUGCUUCUCAUGUCAUUUCCUGCGAUACCUUCGUUAAGACUUAAAGAAUGCACAGCAUUACUGCAUAUUCCAUACCGGCACUGGGAGGACCAGAACGGAAAUGUCAGCUAGACGAGUUCCUUGCAGCGAAAGGGCUGAGAAGGAUGGAGGCCUCGGUCAGCCUCCCGGGACAUUCUUUGGGUCGGUGCAUGGGUUAAUGCUAC